GGCAUGUAACGCAACUUGGCUCUGGUACUAUUUUGCGAACUCUCCAUCUCUAAUCCACUUUACCCAGUAAUCAGAUUCGUUAGCUAGGAUGAAAACACUGCGCAAACUCAAGAACCUAUUAACACCAGUUUUAUUUCGCGGGAAACACGAUUACUUCCCGAGAACCCUCGAGCUUCACAAUGGCGGAAAGACCCAACCACUAUUUUCUUCUGAAGAAAUGAACCGGCGUCUGAACAGUAUCCGUUCUUACAUGGAGAAAAAUGGCCUUGACGCAUGCGUGUUCACUUCUUACUACAACAUUUAUUACUUCAGCGAGUUUCUAUACUGUUCCAUGGGACGGCAAUACGCCUUGGUCAUUACUGACGAAAAAGCAUUGACAAUUACGCCAUCUGUAGAUUAUGGGUUUCCAUGGAGACGAGGAACUUGCGAUAACAUUAGCUACACCAACUGGCAAAAGGAAAAUUUUUACUACGCCAUGCAACAACAGUUACAGUCUGCAAAGACGGUGGGUGUAGAGUUUCCAGAUAUGGGAGCCUCGCUGCAAAGUUUCUCAGAGGCCUUACCGCAUGCCAAAUUUGUCGACGUAGCAGACGCAGCCAUGGAAAUUCGACGAGUGAAGUCUCCAGAGGAGGUCGAAAUAGUCCGUCAAGGCUCUCGAAUAGCAGAGCUUGGGGCGUAUGCAGGAAUCAAGACCUUACACGAGGGUGUCCCAGAGUAUGAAGUGGUGAUCGCUUCAAAUAGUGCCAUGAUGCGGGAGGUCGCUGUAACAUUUCCACAAAUCGAUAUCCGAGAUACGUGGUCUUGGCUGCAGUCAGGAAUAAACACAGACGGUGCACACAACUUUCCUACAAGUCGGCGAGUUCAAAAAGGCGAUAUUCUGAGUUUGAACUGCUUUCCAAUGAUAGCAGGAAACUAUGCUGCUCUAGAGCGGACGUUAUUCUUUGAUCACGUGCCAUCAGAUCGACAUAUGGAACUCUGGGAGAUCAAUAACAAGGUUCACCGUAGAGGCCUGGAACUAGUCAAACCAGGCAUGCGCUGCGGUGACGUUGCACGGGAACUGAAUGAAAUUUAUACGGAACACGACAUUCUGCAAUACCGAGUCAUUGGCUACGGACACUCCACGGGGGUUCUUUCUCACUACUAUGGAAGAGACUGGGGCUUAGAGUUCCUCGAGCACGUGGACACAGUUCUGGAGCCUGGGAUGAUCAUUACCAUGGAACCAAUGAUUGUAGUUCCCGAAGGAAAACCUGGAGCUGGCGGGUACAGAGAGCACGAUACUUUGAUUAUUACGGAGACUGGGACCGAGAACACAACAGCAUCGUUUCCUAUUGGUCCUGAACAAAUGAUUGUCAAAAACUAAGCAUCCUAUCCCCAAAGACAGAGUUUAUAACUUUCUGUAAGUCUCCUCUAUGACUGAUCCAAGAAUUUUGACGGGAAAAGCUAUUUUUGUAGGAAUAGCUGAUAAGGUCCUAGGGUUACAGAAAAACUGAGAAAAAAAAGAUGAUUUAUUGCUGAAUAAUCAAUCUUCCUGUCAAUAAAUUUCCGACGAAGAAGCCCCUUCAAGAAAAUCCUUUCGACGCCCAUCCAGAGGCGGUGCACAUUUGCCAUAAUAAGCUUAAUUGACUGAUUGAUCAAAAUGCCGUUGCUCUUUGUAUGAAAAAGCAUCCACAUUCAGCCGUUUUUAAUGUUAGUUAAGGGGAUGUGCAUGUCUGUUCCACAAGUUAGUUUAUUUCACCAUGGUAUUCAAAUGCCUACAUGGGUUAGCUCCGGACUAUUCAACUUCGAAAUUCUCUUAACGCAAUAAAGUUACAACCUAAGGGACUCCGAGAAAAAACUUAUGUUCUAUUACCAAGCACAAAGUAUUUCAAAAAUAGUUUUCGUUACAGAGGCGCCACAUUGCGGAAGUUAAGCCAUACCAGGGGGGUUAUGACAAAGAAUUUCAACAUUAGGCUUCAGAACGUUUUAUUCCCAUUUUUAACAAACGUUGAAUCAAUUUGUGUUAUUGGUGAGCGAGAGAUUAAAGUUUACAAUGUCUUGUCGUAAGACAUCUCCAUUCCACGAGCCACAUGAGUCGUAUUUAUUUUACAUCUCAGCCAUCAAAUCUUCCGCAUCAGGAGGUAAUGUGUCUGAUGAUCGCUGACGAAGGCGAGAUCGACUUGAAGUCAAACUGCAAGAUAAAAAGAUG